AUGUAUAACAACAGAAACAGUGGUAAAGAGGUUGCAGAAAUAAUCACAAAGGUAAUGAAAGAAUUUGAAAAGGAAAGAUUAAUUUUUGGAGGUGAUUUUAAUAUUAGGAUAGGAAAUUUAGGAGGAGAUGAAGGAGAAGGAGGAGUGGAGAGAAAAAGUAAGGACAAAAUGAUAAGUAAUGGAGGUAGGAAAUUCAUAGAUAGUAUGAUAGAAAAUGGUUUGAAUGUACUAAAUGAAUUCAAGGUUGAGGAGAGAGUGGACUCAGAUCAUAUGCCGGUGUGUAUGAAGAUGGAAGAAACGGAAGAGGAAGAAGAAAGAGACGGCAGAAGAAAAAUGAAGCUGAAAAAGCAAGAGAAGAAGAUAAUUGAAAAAAAGAGGAUAUGUUGGGACCCAGAAGCAAUAGAAAAAUAUAAAGCCAAAACAGAGGAAAUAGGUUGGACAGAGGAGCAGGAAAGGAUAAGCCUAGAUAGGAAAUGGAAUAAGUUGAAGAACUUAGUACAAGAAGCGAUGACAAAAAAAGUUUAUAAAAUAAAGAAAAGGAAGAUAGGUCACAAGGACUGGUGGGACAAGAGCUGCACAAUGAGAAAAAGAGAGCUGAGAACGGAAUCAGAAGUGUGGAACUUCAUAAAUAAAAAAAGAAAAAGAAGAGAAUGGAAGGAAGCUAAUAUAAACUUAGAGGCAUGGAGAAGGCACUUCAUGAAACUACUAGGAGGUGAGGAGAAGAAGAGGGAAGAGGAAGAGGAAGGGACGGAUGAGGUAGUGAGGGAAAAUCGAGGAGAGGAUGAAGAACAACCGGAAGAAUUGGAACAAAGAGAGGAACCAAGAGAAGAACCAAUAGAAGAAGAAAUAAUAAAGGCGGUCAGAAAGGCAAAAAUGAAGAAAGCUGCGGGAAUCGACGGUAUCCCCAUGGAAGGGUGGAGAUACGGAGGAGAGGCAGUAAAGAAGGGUCUGACAAAGAUAAUAGAGGAGGUUUGGAAAACUUAUAAGAUAUAUGCAGAGAUAAUAAGAGAGAAAUUAGAAAAGGAAGUAGAAGAAAAAGACUUGCUGCCGGAAAACCAAGCAGGCUUCAGAAAAGGAAAGUCUACUCUAGACAACAUAUAUGUGCUGAACCAUGUGGUACAAAGGGAAAAGGAAAAGGAGGGAGGAGAAAGGAAAGUAUAUGCACUGUUCAUAGACUUAAAGGCGGCGUUUGAUAAUGUGGACAGAGAAAAGCUGUGGAAAAUACUGGAAAAGAAAGGAGUAAGUGGAUUGAUAAAGAGAAUGAAGAAUAUUUAUGCUGAAACGGAGGUAGUGGUCAGAACAGAGAAAGGUCUAACUAAGAGCUUCAUGGUUAACAAAGGUGUAAGGCAGGGAUGUGUCCUGAGUCCCACCUUAUUCAAUCUUUACAUAGCAGAUUUGGAAGAGGAACUAAGAGACAGAAACAUAAGAGGGGUAACUAUAGGGAAGCAUAGGAUAUGGUCCCUAGCAUAUGCGGAUGACAUUGUUUUGCUGGCGAAGAAUGCAACAGCGCUUCAAGAUAUGAUGGAUACAAUGAAGAGAUUCUUAAAGGCAAGAAGACUCGAAUUAUGUACGGAAAAAACGAAGCUAAUAGUUUUUAACAGCGCAGGUACAAAGAACGUAGAUAGGAUUUUGUGGAACGAUAAAGUUAUUGAAAAGGUAAAGAGCUUUAAAUACCUCGGCUUUAUAUUUAAUAGGAAAGGAAGUUACGCAGAUCACAUAAAGGAAAUAGGUAGAAAAGGUAGAAUAGCGGCAAAUAAAGUCUGGGGUUUAGGAGAAAGAAUUUGUAAAAAUGAUUUCCGGAGGAGAUGGAUGCUAUUCAGAUACUUAGUGAUAAGCGUGAUGUCGUAUGGGGUAGAAUUAUGGGGGUGGGAAGAGAAAAAGGAAUUAGAAAAGAUAAUGUUGGAUUAUGUUAGGUGGGUUUUUAGGUUAGACUUCUGUACGCCGAGAUACUUGUUAAGGAGAGAGCUGGACUUAGGAAAACUAAAGAUAAAGUGGGGUACAAGAGCGGUCAGAUAUGAUAUGAGAGUCAGAGAUUUUGAAGAAAACUCCUUGGUAAAGAAGUGCUGGUGGGAGAAAAGAGAUUUAAAAAGGAAAGAUCUUUACAGCAAAGAGAAGGAAAGAUAUUAUAACAGUAAAGGAUGGAGUGUAGAAGCAAUAGAGGAAAGCUAUAAAGAAGGAAAAGAUGUAGAAAGUAUGAUGAUAGAAAGGGAAAGAGACAUGCAAAAACAAAUGGAAGAAGGAAAAAUAAGAGAGGCAAGAUAUAACAAGAGAUACAAAGAGUGGAGCAUUGAUAUAGGUAAACCCAGAUAUCUCCAGAAAAAGUACAUAGACGAUAUAAAGAUAGGCGAUCAGGUUAGAGCUCUGAUGAGAGUGAGAUGUGGAAACAUGGAGGAAAACAACAAAUACUGGAGGGAGGAGGAUGAGAGAAGAUGUAUAUUCUGUGAAAUAGGUAAAGAUGAGCUAGAACACUAUGUAGAUGAGUGUAGGUGUACAAAGGAAUGGUUUAUAAGUUUAGGCGCGGAUAAAAAGGAGAGAUUAGAUAGGAUAGGGGAUGAUGAUUUAGAGAAGAAUAAAGGAGAGAUUCUGGAGAAAUUAUGGAAGGAAAAAGAGAAAAGAAAAAGGGAAUUGGAAAGAAGGAAUCAAGAGAUAAGAGGAAAGAGUUCUCAAGACUUAGAGUAG